AUGCCCACCCGCGCAGAAGCAAAAGAACAUAUCGAUUCAUUCUGGACGAGACGACACAUUACCAGAGAUGCCAUCGAUAUUGAGAAUGAUAUCAAUCUUCGCGAUCUUUCCAAUGGACUGAAAAUCCUUUCUGAUGGCCUCUACGGUGAUCUGACUCACUUUUUCUGGGAAUUGCUCCAGAAUGCAGAUGACAGCAAAUAUCUUACGACGCCCCGCGUCGACUUUGUCCUGGCGAGCAAUUCUUUGACUUACAAGACAAAUGAAGUAGGCUUCACCAGUGCUGAUGUGGAGUCGCUGUGUGCGGUGGGCUGCAGUUCAAAGGCCGGCCAGAAUGACACGAUUGGGGAAAAAGGCAUUGGCUUCAAGUCAAUUUUCAAGAUUGCGGACGUGGUCACCAUUCACUCAGGUGUAUAUUCUUUUAAACUGGAUACCCGACCUCCUCUCGGCAACGUCGGCAUGGUUCUGCCUAUUUGGCUGGACAAAACACAAGACUCCCCUGCGACAUCAAUCACCCUGCAGUUCAAAGCCGAAAUCGACGUGUCUAAGUUGCGCCAACACCUAGCCGCAUUUGAUUUCACCUUCCUACUGUUUACCCGAAAUAUCAAAGUGAUCAAUUUGAAGGUCGAAGCUGGGCAGUCGUUUGAGAAGCUUGGUCAGUUCGAACAACUGGCGCCUGGAGGUGUAAGAAUAGAAACAAGGAUCGAUGGUCGUCCCGAUACGACGAUGGACUAUGUCAUAUUUCGAUCCAGGUGUUCUGGCAUGCCUCCACGCCAACCUGGCGCUCAGGUUCAACCCGACAGCGAUAAAACGACAAUUGUGCUUGCCUUUCCACACCGCGAUCACAAACCGCUCGCCGAAAGCCAAAAGACCUAUGCACACCUACCGGUCAAUUCUUUUGGAUUUAAGUUCAUUAUUCAUGCUGAUUUUGUCUUGACUGCAAAUCGAAAAGGUAUUGAUAGUGACCGAGGAUGGAAUUUAUCCCUCCAGAGCCGUUUGCCAGGUGCGAUCUGCUCUGCGUUUGAACAGUUGGCAAAAUCGGCAGAACCUCAAAUGAGGUGUGGUUGGCCCGAAUAUUUGGACUCUCUGGGGUCUAUUCACGACUCGUUUAUGAAAAAAGUUGCUAACUCCACCAUCGCACAACUGCGAUCGAAGCCACUGGUUCGAAAAGAGUUGCAAGACGAUGUUUUCCUGGCGCCUCAGGAUUGUCUGACUGCAUCAGAUGAGUUUCGUGACACCAACCGCGGACUUCUUAUCACCGACGGCACAUACGCACAGCGGGUGAGAUCGAAUGCCUACUCUUACAACUCAUCGACGAUCCUCUCCAAACUGGGUGUUACUCCCUUCGAGAUCUCGCACUUUGUUGAGUUGCUAGCCCAAUAUAUUUCAGAGCAUAUGGCAAGUUUCUCAUCAAAUCCAACAGCAUGGCACUCUCGCGUCGCGAGACUUCUCUGCAACCAUUUCUCCCACAAACCACAUCAGCCCAACACCCUACUGCAGAACUUCAAAGCUUUGCGCAUCAUCCCGCUGGAUGACGGCUCAUGGGUAUCUGGUGCUUCUUGCACGACGAAACCCGUUUUUAUGGAGCAGGGUCGCCGCAUCGCACUUCCCACUGGCCUCAACUUUUGCUUCGUGCAGGCGUCGGCUGCCGAUGAUCGCGACCGCAGACAGCUCUACCGCCUGCUAGGUGUCAAACCAUGUGAUGAAACAGAGAUAUGCAAGAUGAUACUGGCCUCCCAUGCAACAAUGGUACCUUGGCCACCUAUGAAAAUCCUCAUCUCGCAUGCGGUGUACAUCUUCCGCGCUCGCUACAAACCUCAGCGUGGCGAAGCACUGCGCCUGCGGCUCUAUGAUUCCAAUCUUACUACUCGAUUCGGGGGGAGAGUCCAUCUUCCGUUUGGGACAAAAGGGAAGGCUCUCAGAAGGCUCUUUGCAGACGACUUUACAGACAUUAUUUGGCUACAUCCAGACUACGAAGAUAGCGUAAAGGAAGGUGAGAGAGAAGACUGGUUCGAAUUCCUAUACUCCGUGGAAGGAGUGUACCAGUCGCCUCCUCUUCAUUUAGGUGGACGACUCUCUGAUGCAAUGAGGCAUAUCCUGACGAGAAAUGGAUCAAAGGAAUUUCUGAGGAUUCUGAAGACACAAAAUCACUCGGCAUCUGGUCAAAUACGUGGAGACUUGCGCACCUGGGAAGCUAAAACACUUACAGCGGAUAUCAGCAAUGUUGAAGUAAGCACCGAUCAAGGUGUGCGGAAACUGUGCGAGACAAUAUUGCCGUCUUUGUCGCCUAUCAGCCUAGGUCUUCUCCCCAUUCUACAGCUGGUUGAUCCACAACAGACGGACUGGAAGUUCCUCCACAAAUUUGGAGUACAGACUGAGCGCUCGCUGGACUUAUAUGUGAAACAGCUCCGGGUUUUGAAAGAAAGCACUGAUCAGGGACAAGUGAAAGCGACGGCAAUAACUCUUUACAAAGGCAUCCUAGCAUAUCCGUGCAUGGACGGCUCAAAACUCUACUCACAUCGACGAACCAGGGCGAGUUUCCGUAACGAAAGUUUGAUAUAUAUCGGCCCGGGUAGAUGGGUUUUACCGCAGCAGUGUCUCUGGAAGGCCUCAUUCCCCUGCACGAAGGUGCCUGUGCUCUCCGAACUCUAUCCCGGAGGUCAGCAGCUCUUCCAAAUCAUCUUGAGAGUCAGGGACGCAGGACUGGACGAUUUAGUCUCGGAGCUUGAAGGCAUAGAGUCAACACGAAAGCUUGACCGAACCACAAUUUUACGCCAGAAAAUGUUGCCUGCUCUGGACUCCUUCCUAGGCAAAGCUUCCCUAUCAACGACUCAAAGACUGCGAUUGCUUCCGCUUCACAUUUUUCCAGUUCCUCAAGGCGAAUCCCCCGCACAGUUACUCCGAGCCGAAGACACUUUCUGGAUUGCGGACUUGAACGUUCUAAGAUCAAAGUUCGAGGGACUUUUGCCAUUGCUUGAUGUAACUGGAAACCUUUCCGAACCAUCAUUGCAAAAUGUUUUCGGGAAAUUGUCGAUGGACUCCAAGCGUUUAUCUCAGAGCGCCCGGAAAGAAGAGAUACAACUAAACCAAGGUGAUGUAUCCGAAGUAGCGGAUCCUGCGCUUACCAUUAGGCUCCGAAGGCAGAGUCGAUACAUCAUUAGCAUUGUGUGUCAUGAAAAGAAACUCAAUCAACCGGCCGACAAGGUGACAGCGAUGCUUAACGACAUCAGGGUUUUUCGAGUUCCAGACAUAAUCAUCAGGAGAUACGUGCUGGAUGCCGGCACAAAGAGGUACGGCCACGACGAUGAGGGACAGGUUCUCUUGCUGGACGCAGAUGGAGAACUACAUGUCAAGAUCCAGCAAGAUUUGGAGCUCUUGGACAUCAUCGUCCCACUAUCAGAACGUUUCGCAGAACGGUUUGACUUGGGGGACGCCAAUCGCGAACUUCUUGCGAAAGUCCUCAUAACUGAAAAAGCCGAGCAAUUCAUUGAAGCACUCGAAAGAGCAGGUAUCAAGACAGAUCCAACGCCCGUUGUUCAAAUUGUGGCUGGAAACGGCCUGGACGAAGAUUCCGCUGACGACACUCUUGCUGAAGAUCCCAACGACACAAUGGGGUUGGCUUUCGAAAACUUGGAGAUCAGCAAAGCUAGGACCGGUAGUGGUUCAGACGAAGAAUCUUCGGGAUCACAGCAACUCCGGCCACCACGGACACCAAACUUACAGAGACGACGAGGACGCAAUGGUGCAGCGGUCUCGUCGCCAUUCUCAUCGAGAAGACGGUCUGGCCAGGCUUCCUCCAGUGGGACAAGAUCCGAUCCUGUCGCUACAGACGCGGGGGAGCCUGCUACAGACGCGGGGGAGCCUGCUACAGACGAGAGGAUUGCGCGCUUGACCGCAAGCCUGAUGGACGUAAAGCUGUCUGACGCGACUCAUGAGGUCUUCCGCGAGUACGGUGCCUCUACAACCGCAACAGAGGGGUUUCGACGGUCGAAUCAUGCCUGGUCGUCUGGACGACCUCCCAGGAGCAGCCAUGGUGGAGAUAACAACUUCGCCACUCAAGAAGGGUCCUCUGACUCGCUACCACGCGAGAUUGGAUUUGCUGGAGAACACCUGGUAUACAAGUUUCUGGAAGACAAGCUGUCACCGUCUUUCACCCCCAAGAACUGGACUAGUAGCGCCCGAGCGAAAGCGUUCCCAAACAACCCGGUCGGCGACGACUUUCGCGAGAAGGACUUUGCCGAUUUCACCUUCGCCGACACCGACGGACGCAUGCGCAUGUACUUGAGCGAGCACGUGCCGAACUUUCAGAUUCCAACCGGUCAGCGGAACGACAUCACCUUCCACCUGGAGGUCAAAUCUACCCUGGGGAGCCUGCACGACCCGGCAAUCCUGAGCAACAACCAGAUCUCCAUGGCGAAGAAGUAUUCCGGGCGGUUUUCGACACCGGCCACCCAGACCGACGUGUACAUCCUGGUCAGAGUCUACGGGCUUGGUUCGGACCCGGACCAUCCUCGACCGCGGCUGUGCCUGUUUCCUGAUCCUUGGAAUCUCAUCUGCCAGGAUUCUCUGCUCAUCGAAGGCGAAACUGGGAUUUACGUGCGUCCGAGAGUCGUCUGA